CCUCGGGGAUUCCGUGGCGCGGAUUGCGGGCCCCCAGGGCCGCGGCCUCGGCGCUGCGCCAGCCUCGCUGUUUCCAGUGGAGCCGCCGUCGGGUCCCCGAUCUUGUGUCGGGUCCCCGCGAGUUUUUAAAUUAGGGUUCUGGCACCGCCCAGUCCAGGGCAGAGCCCCGCCCUCAGCCCUGGGAGUCCCCGCGUCGCGCCCGAGCAAACUCGGUUUCUAAAUGGGCGGGGCUGACUCCCGAGUCUCCCCGGAAAAAGUGGGUCCAGGUCUUUGGCUUGACGGAGCCUGUAAUACGGGACCCCAGGAGAAGGGUGACAGUAGGGACCUGGACUUGACUUCUCUGGUCCACAUUCCUUGGCCAGACCCCUUCGGCCACGAGCUCACCAUGACCCCUCCAGGCCACAUACUGCUCCUGUUUUUGCUCCCAGCUGUGGCUGCCCAGAUGUCCACAGGUGAGAGAUCAUGCCCUACCUUUGACCCUGGAACUUCAGGUUCCUGUUCCGGAUGUGGGCCCCUCUCCCCGCUGCUCCUGGCGGGCCUGGUGGCUGCAGAUGCAGUCAUGUCACUUAUAAUUGUGGGGGUGGUGUUCGCCUUGGCCCACCCACGCCCAGGUCGCAGGCCCAACCGUGAAAAUGACAAAGUCUACAUCAACAUGCCUGGUCGGCGCUGACCUCCUGUACCUUCAACCUUUGACUUCUGACCCUCUCAUCCUGAAUGGUGUGUGGUGGCACAGGAACAUAUACACUAUCUCCACCCUUUUGGAUUAGAAUAAAGCAUUUCAAAUACCUCUAGUUUUAUUCUUCCUCCAAGAACCUUAGGAUUCCCCAGUACUCCCUAACUUAGCUGUUUCUGUGAUCAAGACCCUUCUGGGGACCCCAAACAUCCCCAAUUCUUUAACCCAGGGGUCUGGCAUAACGCAACAAUAUUUUUGAGCUCUAUUGUUUAUUUGGGAACAGUAGUGGGUCUAAAAUCUCAAGAAAGACACUCUGGAACUGUUUCCUAGUAGGAGUAGGAAUGAUGAGCUGGGUGGGCAUCAGAAGUGACUGGAUCCAGGUAUCAGGUUGUUGACUCUCAUAUUUUGGACUCAUUUAUAAUACUGCCUCUGUGUGUUGAGGUCGCUGUAGACAUCUGACCUCUGACC